AUGGCCGCUAAUUUUCUUAUUCAUCCGCCUGGACCCAGAAAACAGCGUGUUUUUAGACUACACACAAAUAUAGACGGGUUUGACAAAAGUACAGUCUCUCGCACCGUUAAGAGAGUCAUAGAAGCACUGGUUGCUAGAGCUGACACUUUUAUAAAAUGGCCCGACGCAACAUCAAAGUCUUCGAUCAAAACAGGCUUCUACCGGAUAGCAGGUUUCCCCAAUGUAAUCGGGUGCAUCGAUGGGACUCAUGUACGGAUCCAGGCCCCUUCACACGACGAAAAUUCCUUCGUGAAUAGGAAAGGAUUUCACAGCUUCAAUGUCCAAGCUGUAUGUGACCACGAAGGAAAGCUUACAAACAUCAAUGCAUCUUGGCCUGGGUCUGUACAUGAUUCCCACAUCUUCAGAACAUCACAGAUCAGAACAUAUUUGGAGGAGGAGGAGAAUGGUCUAUUUGAAAAUGGAGUUUUGUUGGGAGACAGUGGAUAUGCUUGCAGACCAUUUCUUCUAACUCCUUAUGCCAAUCCCCAGAAUGAACCUGAGGAGAAGUACAAUCAAGCCCAUGCAAGAACGAGAAGUGAAAUUGAGCGCACCUUUGGGCGACUUAAGCGGAGGUUUCAUGUUCUCCACUCAGAGAUCCGAAUGAAACCUGACAGGGCAUGCAGAAUCAUCAUAGCAUGUGCUGUCCUCCAUAACAUCGCCAUCAACCUUGGAGAGCCUGAGGAUGAGGCUGAAGUUGAAGAGGACCAGCCCCAGAUGCCUGCCUUUCAAGGCCCUCAAGAUGGAAGAGGAGUGCGGGACUAUGUGAAGCAGCAUUACUUCAGCUAAUAACUGGUUUUUUUUUAACAUUUAAAGAAUUGUACCCAUAAUAGGAUUUAAAUUUCAUAUCAUUAUAAUUAUCCCUUAGGCCAUGAAAUAUGCUAAAAAUAUUAUGAAGCAUCAAUAGUAGAAAAGGAAUAAAUUACCAAAACAAUUCCAUGGAAAGAGAUUGAUUCAUUUAGUUAUUAAGAGUGUCUGAUUUCAUUGACCAGUGUUUUUGUAUACUUCACUUUCUAUAUUAUGAUUAAA